AUGGUCUUCCUACCCCCGCCUUGGUCUCCCAAGCUGCCAGUCCCUCCCGACUCCAUUACCGUCGAGGAAUUUGUCAACUCCGAGAAGUAUGGCCGCCGACUUUUCGCUCUCUCGCGGCCGCCGUACACAUGUGGCCUUACCGGUACCACGCGCAGCAGCGCCCAAGUCGCCGAGCGAGUCGACCAUCUCUCUCGCGCCAUUGGCAAGCGCUUAGGCUUCAACCCCCAUGAAGGUACCGAGUGGGAUCGCGUCGUCGCAUUGUACUCUCUGAACACGAUCGACUACAUCCCGUUCACUCACGCCGUCCACCGUCUCUCUGGCGUUGUCACUCCUGCCAGCGCUGCCUACUCGCACCAGGAGCUCGAGCAUCAGCUGCGCACAUCCGGCGCCAAAGCUCUCUUCACCUGCAUCCCGCUUCUUGAAAACGCCCUCAAGGCCGCUGAAGGCGCUGGCUUGCCCCUCGACCGAAUUUUUAUUCUACCGGUCCCCAACGUCCCUCAUAAUGUGUCCCAUGCAACUAUUGAGGACCUUAUCGAGGAGGGCAAGGCGCUACCUGCUUUGUCGCCACUCAAGUGGUCAAAGGGUCAAGGCGCGCGGCAGACAGCGUACUUGAGCUACUCAAGCGGCACCUCAGGCUUGCCCAAAGCCGUAAUGAUCUCUCACCGCAACGUCAUUGCCAACGUUCUCCAAAUCUGCGCGUCCGACUCCGUGGCGCGCGACCAGAUCGGCCUCCAGACGCAGACGACCCUCGGUGUCCUACCCUUCAGUCAUAUCUACGGGCUCGUGCUUGUCGGGCUUGUGGGCCACUUCCGUGGCGACCAAGUUGUCGUGCUCCCCAAGUUCGAUCUCACUAGCGUGCUUGCGGCCGUACAAAACUACCGGAUCGAGCAGCUGAGCGUCGUCCCGCCCAUGCUCAUUCAGAUGAUCUCCAACCGGGAAAAGUGCGAUAAGUACGACCUGAGCAGCGUGCGUUGGGUGUUUAGCGGCGCUGCCCCGUUGGGCUCGGAAGUCAUUGAUGACUUGCUGAAACGGUAUCCGAGCUGGCGCAUCGGCCAAGGCUAUGGCAAGUCUUCCCCGCGCAUGACGGAAGCGUCGCCCUCUAUCCUCAACACUAUCGAGACCGACACGCUGUUCGGCUCAUCCGGGCCACUCGUUCCGGGCUGUAUUGCCAAGAUCAUUGACGCCGAGGGCAAGGAGGUUACGGAGCACGAGACUCGCGGCGAGCUGCUCGUCCAGUCGCCGUCAGUCGUUCUCGGCUAUCUCAACAACGAAAAGGCCAACGCGGAAACGUUCGUUUGGGAUGACGAUGGGCGGUGGCUCAAGACGGGUGACGAAGUUCUCGUGCGCAAGUCGAAAAACGGGAACGAGCACUUUGUUGUUACAGAUCGCAUAAAGGAGCUCAUCAAAGUCAAGGGUCAUCAAGUUGCGCCGGCAGAGCUUGAAGCGCAUCUUCUCGCACACCCCUUCGUCUCCGACUGCACCGUCAUCCCUAUUCCUGACGACUGGGCGGGCGAGGUCCCCAAGGCAUAUGUUGUCAAGGCGACGGCCGCCGUGGGCAACACCUCGGAUGCUGACGUUAUCGCUGCGAUUUGCAAGCACGUCGAGGAUCACAAGGCACGACACAAGUGGCUCAAGGGCGGCGUCGAGUUUAUCGACGCCAUCCCGAAGAGUCCCAGUGGCAAGAUCCUGCGUCGGCUCCUCAAAGACAAGGAGGCCCAGCGGCGGAAGAAGAACGGCGCCAAGCUGUAG